CGUCUCUUUUUCCUUGUUUCCUUGAUUGCUUCGCUUCGGUACAUUUCCUUUGCAUUUGAUUGAAUUGAAUGCCUCUUCUCUGUGCUUCUGCCUUAGCGUCUGUAUAACUUAACACUGUUGCGAUUCGCUCCUAUUCGCGUCUUCUGUACUCUUGAACCAGAUCCACUUCUUCCCUUCGUCUUCCUUGUUCUGAAUUUCUGUCCAUUAAACUCUAAAGUUGCAUCGCCUUUUUGUUCUGGUUCCGAUUCACAGGAACUUUUGAACCCUUUUUCUCUUUAACAGAACCCCUUCCACAUUACAGAUCCUUUGGUUCUUCGUAGCUUCGAUUGAAUUGGUAGCCAUAGAUAGGGACUUGUUCAAUCUCACCGACAAAACUCAAUUCUGAUAUCGUUGACUAUAUAGUUGCUCUUUCUUGGAUUAGUAGAAAAGCUUCUGAGUCUUCUUUUCUGCUCAGUUUCCAAAUCUGCUCUUGGUGGUGUUUUUGUUUUUAUUCUAUUGAGUAUAAGAAUGUUGGGUACUGGGUCACAGUUUGGGCGUGCCCGCGGAGAGGAUCGGUUUUAUGAUCCGGUGAAGGUGCGGCGGUCCUUGCAUAGCGUGGAAGGUGAUAGAUUACGGCGCGCUAAUGGCGACGUUCCGGCGAGUCGUCCGUCACAUUUGGUUAAAGAGAAAACGGUGGAUUCAGUAAACAGAGAGCCUGAGAACCGGGUAGGAUCUGAGGAGUCCAAGAAGCCUGCUGCUGUGCCAUCUUCUCCCAAACCCGUGUUGAAGCGAUUGAGUAAUCUUCAGCGCUUCUUGCUGGCGAUCACGCCCUCCGUGCCUGCUCAGUAUCCAUCCAAGACGACCAUGAAAGGUUUCGUGCCUUGUGGCGGGGAAUUUCAGCCUUACUUCGUUCUUGGUGAUUUGUGGGAAUCAUUCAGGGAGUGGAGUGCAUAUGGUGCGGGAGUGCCUCUAGUACUAAAUGACAAUGAUAGUGUCGUUCAAUACUAUGUUCCCUAUCUCUCUGGAAUUCAAAUAUAUGCUGAGACUAUGAAGCCCUCUACUAAAUCAGGGCAACUUGGUGAGGACAGUGACAGUGAUUUUAGGGACUCAAGUAGUGAUGCUAGCAGUGAUUAUGAACCUGCAAGGGGAUUAAAAUACAUGGGGGAGCAGAGGAAUCUUCACCUGUCAGAGGUGCACCAUUGGUUAGAUAGAUUAUCCAUGAGGGAUCACCAUACUGUCACUCAAGAUGGUUUUUCUAGUGACGACGGAGAAUCUGUUAAUCCCCAAGGCUGCUUGAUUUUUGAGUAUCUUGAACGGGACCCUCCAUACAGUCGGGAACCUUUGGCUGAUAAGAUAUUGGACCUUGCCUUUCGUUUCCCUGAGCUAAAGACACUUAGAAGUUGUGACAUACUCUCUUCAAGUUGGAUAUCUGUAGCCUGGUAUCCAAUUUAUAGGAUACCAACUGGACCAACACUGAGGGAUCUUGAUGCUUGCUUUCUGACGUACCAUUAUCUUCAUACAGCCAUGGAAGGUUCACAAAGAUCACAGGCUCCCAUCAGGACUUAUCUGGGUGAAAUUGAUGGUGGGCUUAAAUUAUCUUUGCCUGUUUUUGGUCUUGCUUCGUAUAAGUUCAAGGGUUCCCUUUGGACUCCUAACGGUGGAAAAGAGCUCCAAUUAGCUAGCUCUUUAUUGCAGUCCGCGGACGAUUGGUUAAGACUGCUUCAGGUCAGCCACCCAGAUUUCCUGUUUUUCAGCCGUCGCUGAUGUUGAGGUGGCAGUAACAUUUUAACUUCGGCUGUUGAAGAUGUGGUCUUGCCAUUUCAGUACCAGCUUGACCCAUAUAUGUCGACAGAGGAGUUGUACACCAAAUUGACACAGACAAUGAGGAAAAAAAAUGGUUAAAAAAAAAAGGAAGGCCAGAGACAAAUGCCCCUUGUAAUGCCCUUCUGGAAGUUCUGAUAUAAUAUAGCGAGGAAUGAGAAAGUUAGUGGGAAUAAAAACAGAGAAGCUUUAGAUGAGCAUCUCUAUUAAUGCUUCUCAUGGACUUGGUAAUGGUGGGUGGAUAGAGUAAGAGAAGCUUCUGAAAUUGCUGGCUGUGAUACCUGUCAUGAGAUGGUUUUGUUGUCCACAGCACAUGGAGGAACCACAUCUAUUGCUUCCUGAUUUCCCCCCAGCCAUUUUUGGUGUGUUGGUAUGGUGUUUAAAGAGAACAGGCUGUAUUUUUUAUUGUCCUGAUUAUGUAUAGGGCCAAGCUUUAAUUUAUGGUGGAUUUGGAAUGCAAGGGUUGCUGGUGUUUGAACUGGCCCAACGUUUCUAAUUAAAUACUAGUAGCUUUAUUACAGUUGUAUAACUUGUUUUAUAAGGUUUUUGACUUUUGAUUCCAAUUGAAAAAAAAGUGGUUAGGAUUAAAA